GAGCCGCCGCGAGCUCUCUUGCCUGCCUUCCCGCGCGCGCCCGCCCCUCCCCUUUAGCUCCCGCCGCCGCUGUCGCUGCACGCCGCCGCCCGCUCCGGCUCCGACCACCGAACUCCCCGAAGCCAGCCAUGGAUGACGAUAUUGCCGCGCUCGUUGUUGACAAUGGUUCCGGUAUGUGCAAGGCCGGGUUUGCCGGGGACGAUGCUCCCCGUGCUGUCUUCCCAUCCAUCGUGGGUCGCCCCAGGCAUCAGGGUGUGAUGGUUGGUAUGGGCCAGAAAGACAGCUAUGUUGGUGAUGAAGCCCAGAGCAAAAGAGGUAUCCUGACCCUGAAGUACCCCAUUGAACACGGUAUUGUCACCAACUGGGAUGACAUGGAGAAGAUUUGGCACCACACUUUCUACAAUGAGCUGAGAGUAGCCCCCGAGGAGCACCCAGUGCUGCUCACAGAGGCUCCCCUGAACCCCAAAGCCAACAGAGAGAAGAUGACACAGAUCAUGUUUGAGACCUUUAACACCCCAGCCAUGUAUGUAGCCAUCCAGGCUGUGCUGUCCCUGUAUGCCUCUGGUCGUACCACUGGUAUUGUGAUGGACUCUGGUGAUGGUGUUACCCACACUGUGCCCAUCUAUGAAGGCUACGCCCUCCCCCAUGCCAUCCUCCGUCUGGAUCUGGCUGGCCGUGACCUGACGGACUACCUCAUGAAGAUCCUGACAGAGAGAGGCUACAGCUUCACCACCACAGCCGAGAGGGAAAUUGUGCGUGACAUCAAGGAGAAGCUGUGCUACGUUGCCCUGGAUUUCGAGCAGGAGAUGGCCACAGCUGCCUCUAGCUCUUCCCUGGAGAAGAGCUAUGAACUCCCUGAUGGCCAGGUCAUCACCAUUGGCAAUGAGAGGUUCAGGUGCCCUGAGGCCCUCUUCCAGCCAUCUUUCUUGGGUAUGGAGUCCUGUGGUAUCCAUGAAACUACCUUCAACUCCAUCAUGAAGUGUGAUGUGGAUAUCCGUAAGGACCUGUACGCCAACACAGUGCUGUCUGGUGGUACCACAAUGUACCCUGGCAUUGCUGACAGGAUGCAGAAGGAGAUCACAGCCCUGGCACCCAGCACAAUGAAAAUCAAGAUCAUUGCCCCCCCUGAGCGCAAGUACUCUGUCUGGAUCGGAGGCUCCAUCCUGGCCUCCCUCUCCACCUUCCAGCAGAUGUGGAUCAGCAAGCAGGAGUACGACGAAUCCGGACCCUCCAUCGUCCACCGCAAAUGCUUCUAAACCGGACUGUUACCAACACCACCCGCGCCCUCGUGACGAAACGAACCCCAUAAAUGCUCAUAAACCGAGACGAGAUUGGCAUGGCUUUAUCUGUUGUUCUUUUGUUUUGUUUUUGGCGCUUGACUCAGGAUUAAAAAACUGGAACGGCGAAGGUGUCAGCAACAGUCUUGAAACGAAACCUGUCGGAGCGAACGCCCCCACCCCGCCCCCCCA